CUGAAAUUUGAAGCGCUGGUAUUCUAAAUACUGUUUAUCCUUUAAAAUGCAUUGUUCCAUAGAGGCUGAGCAUGUUUAAUUUAUCUUUCACUGGUACUAAUGUGAAGUUUCAGUUCCCUCAGCUCCACAACUGUCCGGUGUGUCUGAGGUGUUUACUUCCUUAAAUCAGUUCUCAACAUUAAAGCUGAAGUAGCACCUGAAAUCUGAGUUAGACUUCUUGUUUUCUGAAGCUAUGAUGAAGUGAAGUUUAAACAGCAGCGGCAGCUCUCAGUUGGAUCAUUUAUUCAGAGGAGAUGUGGUGCUCAGCGCUGCCCCUGCUGGUCAGUCUCAGUGCUGCAGUUCUAUUCCUGCUGCACUUCCCUGACUACAUCAACACACAGGAAGUAGGAUGUGAGGACUACAAAUAUGGCCACCAAGGCCCAGAGGAACAUGGCAAAAAGCCUUUCUGCUCCUGGAAGUGUCUCGUGUUCACUCUGCAGUGGCCCGCAGGAUUCUGCCAGUCUUUGAACAACGAGACUCUCUGCAUGAUUCCUCCAAGCAUCAACAACUGGACCAUCCAUGGACUGUGGCCUCUCCGUGCAUGGAACUGCUGUAACUGCUGGCCCAUGUUUCAGUCAGACGUCCAGGAGCUGGAGGCGGAGCUUAAUGAGUACUGGCCGUCUUUACUGAAAAUAAAGUCGAGCUUCCACUUCUGGAAAAAUGAGUGGGAGAAACACGGAGCGUGUGUGGCCUGUGUCGAAGGACUGAACUCUCCUCUGAGAUAUUUUCAGAUCAGCCUCAAACUACGACAGCAGUUUGACAUCCAGAAGAUCCUGGAGACAGCUGGAGUCACUCCGUCCUGUGAACAAGCCUACAAGGUUUCUGAGGUGCAUCAAAUCCUGGCUCCACACCUGGGGGACAAACAUGAGAUCCAGUGUGUCACAGACCACAAGGACAGACAGGUGUGGUUCCAGGUGAAGAUCCCCCUGUCCCACAACCUCACCAUUGGAUGUGAUCACCCAGGAGAAACCAACAGAGAGCCAGCAUCCAAGUCUGAGCCCAGAAAGACCCCCUUUCCUGGACACCCGUGCUCUCCAGAUGAUCCUUUUUAUUACCUACCGAUAGACCAUGAGCGGCCUCAGAGACCCUGUGACUGACAGGACCAUGGCGAGAAAUCCUGCAGAUGCUUUAUGACCAGAAGUUGUGAUCUCUGUCCUUUUAUGUCUCUUAAUUUCCAAUCCCUGUGUUUUCAUAGCUUUUAUUACUAUUUUUGUUUUUUAUUAACGUUUUGUUUCGUUUUUAUAGUUUUUUUGUGUUCUUAUCAGCUUUUAUUUCUUUCCUCCUAAUAUUUUUAUUUUGUCCAAUGCUGAUCAAGUGGAAAGUGGACUGGUUCCAAGUUCUUGAAGACGUUUCGCCUCUUCUCCAAAAGGCUUCUUCAGUUCUGAGGGUGGCUGGGGAAGAGUAUAAAGCCUAGGCCAGGGGUGUCAAACUCAAUCACUGAAGGGGCUGGAUUCUGAAUUAAGGUCCAACCUGAGAGCCUAACGGGGUCCACAUUUAACCAAACUGUCAACCUCAUUUUCACCAGUGAUAAAUUAUGGGGGGGAAAAGUAGCACUGAUGAUAAAUGAUUUUUAGAUUUAAAAAUCAAAAUGAUUAGUUAAAAGGCUCAUAAUCUGAGAUAGAAAGUCAAAUUUAUUAGUUCCAAAGGUCCAAACACAAAAUUAUAUGUUAAAAUAAUGCUUUUAAAAG